CUCAAUUUUAGACGAUAAUGACGAAAACUGCGAGAUCCCGCUUUGUUGGUCUUCGUAUGGUAUUUGAACGCCGGUGCCUGCUAACGUGUAAGAUGCGCCUCUCCUCCAGGUGACAAUACUUUGUUGAUUCUUAUACCGUGCGUUUGACGAUUUCUUUAGUCGCGCACAUAUACUGUCCUUCAAUUGUCUUUGGAAUCUCGAGUUCCUCAGUAUUAGGGUUCCCCUUGCAUACAACGCUUCACAUAGCCUUGCAUUAAUUUGCGUCUUAGAGUCCUACACCCCACUUCCUGAUCCCAGCACCUCUAAGCAACAAUGCCAGUUGCAAAGUUAGAAGGCUGUGCCCCAUGGGAUCCAUCUGGCGGACUCAAUCUCUAUGGCUAUCGUCCCCAUCUCGCACCUGGGGUCGCUUUCUCUACUCUCUUCGCUCUAUCCAUGAUCAUUCACACUGGGCAAGCAUGGUAUAAGAAAAGAUGGUGGUGUUUAGUGUUUACGGUGGGAGCAUUGACCGAGCUGAUCGGCUGGGCCGGCCGAACCUGGAGCUCCCACUGCCCCCAUAACCUCAAUGCUUUCCUAAUGCAAAUCACCACGCUAAUCAUGGCGCCCACCUUCUUCACUGCUGGCCUCUAUAUUAUCCUCGGACGUCUCAUCACCAUAUUCGGCCGCCACACAUCCCCCAUCACCGCCGUCAUGUAUCUCUGGAUAUUCUGCACGUGCGACGUUCUUUCGCUGGUCGUGCAAGCCAUCGGCGGCGGUAUGGCCUCCGUCGCCGUCUCCGCCGACCCGCCCCGGAAAUCAGAGACUGGGACACACAUAAUGGUUGCAGGCAUUGUGUUCCAAAUGUUCAGCAUCUCUGUCUUCGUAAUCCUCUUCGGCAUAUUUCUAUCGCGCGUGCAGCGCGAUCACAAAGAAGGCAGAUCCAAGGGUCUGUCACGCAAGAUCUGGGCACUCAUCUCCGCGAGUGCGUUUUGUACGCUGAUGAUUUAUAUAAGAAGCGUUUACCGGACGGUGGAGCUGAUGCAGGGUUGGAGCGGGUAUUUGAUUACGCAUGAAGAUUAUUUCAUUGGCUUGGAUGCGGUGUUGAUGUUACUGGCGGUGCUGGUUUUUAAUUUCGUGCAUCCUGGGUGGACGUUGCCAACGGCGAAGGAGCUGGAGGUGAGUGGGCAGGCGACGCCGGUGAGAGGGAAUGAGGAGGAGGAACUGGAGAGAAAGGCCUAGUUUGGUGGGGUAGGAAAUGCAUCGAUGAGUGGGUGGGUGAAUACACGCAUAAGAAGGAUUGUGGAGAUUGAAGAUGAGUAUUUACGGCCGCAAAGCGGCGUUGGCGCCCCGGCGUUAUAUAUCCCCUUGGUCAAAUAUCCUGAUAUUGUUCUCCAUAUAUUUUGUCAUGUCAUAAACCUAGAAAUAAACUACAGGGUAGGGAAGACGGGAGACUUGUUAUUCCUGAAAAGAUAGAUAGUUAUAAUUGCUGUUGGAAAC